AGGAGGGCGCGGAAGCGGAGGGAGGGAGCGAGCAGGGGAGGGAGGGCGCCGCCGCUACCCCUCCCAGCCGCCCCGCGCACGCACACACACACACACACACACACACACCCCGCACUCGCACCGCCCGAGGAUGCCCUUUGCCCGGGGGGGCGAAGCCGGGACACCAUCGCGCCGCCGGGAGUGAAGCCACCAGCACCACCGCUGCCGUCGUCGGGGCCUCCCGGCCCGCAGCGUGCGGCCGGAGCGGAGACGCCGGCGCUUUUCCUCCGCCUCAGGACGCGCACCGGGUGGAGGAGGAGGAGGAGGAGGGCGCCGUCUCCGCAGCAGCAGCAGCCGCAGCAGCAGCAGCAGCCAUGGGAAGGAUUUGACAGGGCUCGGAGCGCUUGUGCCGGUGUGUCGGGGCGCGCGUCCCGCCCGCCGCCCCUUGGCGCAGCGGAGGAGAAGGGGGCGACAAUGAAGACUUUAGUUUUUUUGAAUCACUGAAAAGCCUUAAAAGCACACUCGUAAUAAUAAUCAUUAAAAAAGAAACCCCAAUGCAAACUGAAACAACCAUGUCUGGAGAAGUGCGUUUGAAGCAGUUGGAGCAGUUUAUUUUGGAUGGGCCAACACAGACUAAUGGGCAAUGCUUCAGUGUGGAAACCUUGCUGGAUAUACUCAUCUGCCUUUAUGAUGAAUGUAAUAAUUCCCCUCUGAGAAGAGAGAAGAACAUCCUUGAGUAUCUGGAGUGGGCCAAACCUUUUACAUCUAAAGUGAAACAGAUGCGACUACACAAAGAAGAUUUUGAGAUUCUGAAGGUGAUUGGUCGAGGAGCCUUUGGAGAGGUUGCAGUAGUAAAACUGAAAAAUGCAGAUAAAGUUUUUGCCAUGAAGAUACUUAAUAAGUGGGAGAUGCUGAAGAGAGCUGAAACAGCCUGUUUUCGAGAAGAGAGAGAUGUGUUAGUGAAUGGAGAUAACCAGUGGAUCACAACAUUACAUUAUGCAUUCCAGGAUGAAAACUAUUUAUACCUGGUUAUGGAUUACUAUGUUGGAGGAGACCUGCUUACAUUGCUCAGCAAGUUUGAGGACAGACUCCCUGAAGAUAUGGCUCGUUUUUAUUUGGCUGAAAUGGUGAUAGCCAUCGAUUCAGUUCAUCAGUUGCAUUAUGUCCACAGGGAUAUAAAACCAGACAACAUCUUGAUGGAUAUGAAUGGACAUAUUCGAUUAGCAGAUUUUGGUUCUUGUCUGAAACUGAUGGAAGAUGGAACGGUCCAAUCUUCAGUAGCAGUUGGAACACCAGACUACAUCUCUCCAGAAAUCUUGCAGGCCAUGGAAGAUGGAAAAGGGAAGUAUGGGCCCGAGUGUGACUGGUGGUCCCUGGGCGUUUGCAUGUAUGAAAUGCUUUAUGGAGAAACGCCCUUUUAUGCUGAGUCCUUGGUGGAGACCUAUGGGAAAAUAAUGAACCACAAAGAGAGGUUUCAGUUUCCUGCUCAAGUGACAGAUGUCUCUGAAAGUGCAAAGGACCUCAUCCGAAGGCUCAUUUGUAGCAGAGAGCAUCGACUUGGGCAAAAUGGAAUAGAAGACUUUAAGAACCAUCCAUUUUUUGCUGGGAUUGAUUGGGACAACAUUAGGAACUGUGAAGCACCUUACAUCCCAGAAGUCAGCAGCCCUACUGAUACAUCAAACUUUGAUGUGGAUGAUGAUUGCUUAAAAAACUCUGAAACAAUGCCUCCACCAUCCCACACUGCAUUUUCCGGCCAUCAUUUACCAUUUGUGGGUUUCACAUACACAAGUAGCUGUGUGCUUUCAGACCGCAGCUGUCUAAGACUGACAGCUGGACCACCCUCCAUGGAUCUUGAUGCCAGCAUUCAAAGAACUUUGGAGGAUAGUUUAGCAACAGAAGCUUAUGAGAGGAGAAUAAGACGUCUAGAACAGGAAAAGCUUGAACUUAGCAGAAAACUGCAAGAGUCCACCCAGACAGUGCAGGCUCUGCAGUAUUCAACAGUGGAUGGCCCAAUAACAGCAAGCAAAGAUUUAGAAAUUAAAAGUUUGAAAGAAGAAAUUGAAAAGUUGAAGAAACAGGUAACAGAAUCUGGCCAGCUAGAGCAGCAGCUCGAGGAGGCCAGCACUGCAAGGCGGGAAUUGGAUGAUGCCUCCAGACAAAUAAAGGCUUUUGAGAAGCAAGUCAGAACGCUGAAGCAAGAGAGAGAAGAUCUUAAUAAGGAACUGGCAGAGUCUAGUGACAGAUUAAAAUCCCAAGCCAAAGAGCUGAAAGAUGCACACAGCCAGCGGAAAUUGGCAAUGCAGGAAUUCUCAGAGAUGAACGAGCGGCUGACAGACUUGCACUCUCAAAAACAAAAGCUUGCCCGCCAGCUCCGAGAUAAGGAGGAAGAAAUGGAAGUGGUGAUGCAAAAAGUAGAAAGUUUAAGGCAAGAGUUACGCAGAACAGAGAGACUUAAAAAAGAACUGGAAGUCCAAGCUGAAGCUGCAGCUGCUGAGGCAUCCAAAGACAGGAAAUUGCGAGAGAGGAGUGAACAGUACUCUAAACAGUUGGAAAGUGAAGUAGAAGGGCUAAAGCAAAAACAGGUUGGUCGCUCACCUGGGGUAAGCAGUAUAGAACACCAGCAAGAGAUCACUAAAUUAAAGGCAGACCUGGAAAAGAAGAGUGUUUUCUAUGAAGAGGAGCUAUCUAAACGUGAAAUGAUGCAUGCUAAUGAAAUAAAAAGUCUGAAGAAGGAACUGCGGGAUGCAGAGAGCCAGCAGCUUGCCCUCAAGAAGGAGAUCAUGGUUUUGAAAGACAAGUUAGAGAAAACCAGAAGAGAAAACCAAAGUGAAAGAGAGGAAUUUGAAACAGAGUUCAAACAAAAGUAUGAACGAGAAAAGAUUCUGCUGACAGAGGAAAACAAAAAACUUACAAAUGAACUUGAUAAGCUCACCACCAUGUUUGAGAGGCUGAGCAUGAAUAAUCGGCAGCUGGAGGAAGAGAUGAGAGACCUGGCUGAUAAGAAGGAGUCUGUGGCUCACUGGGAGGCCCAAAUCACUGAGAUCAUCCAGUGGGUAAGUGAUGAAAAAGAUGCUCGAGGUUAUCUUCAAGCCUUGGCCUCUAAAAUGACAGAAGAGCUGGAAGCCCUGAGGAACUCCAGUUUGGGUGCAAGAGCUACAGACAUGCCCUGGAAGAUGAGGCGCUUUGCAAAGCUGGAUAUGUCUGCAAGGCUGGAGCUCCAGUCUGCUCUCGAUGCUGAAAUCCGAGCCAAACAGGCUAUUCAGGAUGAGCUGAACAAAGUCAAAGCCUCCUGUAUCUCUACAGAGUGUAAAUUGCAAGAAUCUGAGAAGAAGAACCUGGAGCUUUUGGCAGACAUCGAAAGGCUGAAAAAGGAGACAGAAGAGCUUAGAUCAGAAAAGGGUGUAAAGCACCAAGACUCACAGAAUUCUUUCUUGGCAUUUUUGAAUGCGCCUACCUCUGCUCUGGAUCAAUUUGAAGAUUCCUUUUCCUCCUCUUCAUCCUCAUUGAUUGAUUUUAUGGAUGACAUUGAUUCAGUUGAGAAUUUCACAUUGUCUAAUACUCCAUCACGGGAUGAAGAUAGCAAGUCUCACCUCCAUUCAAGAUCGAGGUCUCCUUCUACAGCCAGUGAGAUUGAACCAAUUGAGGUUACAGAUCAUCCUCCCCGUUCAAUUCACACGCCCACCAUGAGGACGGCGUAUAUUGGCUCGGGGCUCUCUGCACCAAAGCCUAAAGCUCACCAGUUCGUAGUGAAAUCCUUUAACACACCAACAAAAUGCAAUCAGUGCACGUCCCUGAUGGUUGGUCUGAUACGACAGGGCUGUACUUGCGAAGUGUGUGGAUUUUCUUGCCAUGUGACCUGUGCAGACAAGGCUCCUGCAGUAUGUCCAAUCCCUCCUGAGCAGACUAAGGGACCUUUGGGAAUAGAUCCCCAGAAAGGCAUAGGAACAGCUUAUGAAGGACAUGUCCGAGUCCCAAAGCCAGCUGGAGUAAAGAAAGGUUGGCAGAGAGCGCUGGCAGUGAUCUGUGAUUUUAAACUCUUCCUGUAUGAUGUAGCAGAAGGAAAAGCGUCUCAGCCCAGCGUGGUAGUGAGUCAGGUCAUAGACAUGAGGGAUGAAGAAUUCUCAGUGAGUUCUGUCUUGGCCUCAGAUGUCAUCCAUGCAAAUCGGAAAGAUAUCCCCUGUAUCUUUAGGGUUACAGCCUCCCAGCUCUCUGCAUCCAGUAACAAGUGUUCAAUCCUGAUUCUAGCAGAUGGUGAGAAUGAAAAAAGCAAGUGGGUGGGCGUGCUGAACGAGUUGCAUAGGAUCUUGAAGAAGAACAAACUCAAAGACCGCUCAGUCUAUGUCCCCAAAGAAGCUUAUGACAGCACCUUGCCCCUCAUCAAAACAACACAGUCAGCAGCCAUCAUAGACCAUGAAAGAAUAGCUCUGGGAAAUGAAGAAGGGUUGUUUGUUGUGCAUGUCACCAAAGAUGAGAUUAUCCGUGUUGGUGACAACAAGAAGGUUCAUCAGAUCGAGCUCAUCCCGAGCGAGCAGCUCAUUGCCGUAAUCUCAGGACGGAACCGCCACGUGCGGCUCUUCCCCAUGGCCGCCCUGGAUGGAAGGGAGACUGACUUCUACAAGCUGGCAGAGACCAAAGGCUGCCAGGCCAUCGUUUCUGGACACGUGCGCCACGGAGCCCUCACCUGCCUGUGUGUGGCCAUGAAAAGGCAGGUGCUCUGUUACGAACUAAAUCAGAGCAAGACGCGCCACAAAAAGAUCAAGGAGAUCCAGGUGCAGGGGAACGUCCAGUGGAUGUCCAUCUUCAGCGACCGCCUCUGUGUAGGCUACCAGUCAGGUUUCCUAAAAUAUCCCCUCCAUGGAGAGGGCAGCCCGUACAGCCUGCUCCAUCCGGACGACCACACGCUCUCGUUUAUCUCACAGCAGCCAACUGAUGCCAUCUGUGCAGUCGAGAUCUCAAAUAAAGAAUACCUGCUGUGUUUUAGCAGCGUCGGGGUUUACGUCGACUGCCAGGGCCGAAGAUCCAGGCAGCAAGAGUUGAUGUGGCCUGCAACUCCAUCUUCUUGCUGUUACAAUGCACCAUACCUCUCUGUGUACAGUGAAAAUGCAAUUGAUGUCUUCGACGUGAACUCCAUGGAGUGGAUUCAAACUAUUCCUCUCAAAAAGGUACGACCCUUGAAUACAGAAGGAUCACUAAACCUUUUAGGCCUGGAGACAGUCAGAUUAAUAUAUUUCAAAAACAAAAUGGCAGAGGGGGACGAGCUGGUGGUGCCCGAGACGUCAGACAACAGCCGGAAGCAGAUGGUGCGGAACAUCAACAACAAGCGGCGCUACUCCUUCCGCGUGCCCGAGGAGGAGAGGAUGCAGCAGAGGAGGGAGAUGCUACGUGAUCCAGAAAUGAGAAAUAAGUUAAUUUCUAACCCAACUAAUUUUAACCACAUAGCACAUAUGGGUCCAGGAGAUGGCAUACAGAUUCUCAAAGACCUCCCAAUGCAGCGUUCCCCUUAUCAGUUCCCUCAUCAUCACUCCCGUCUGAUCUCCUCUCCGAGCAACUUUGAGCACAUCUACCACAUGACUGUUAAUUCAGCUGAAAAAUUCCUCUCUUACGAUUCCAUAAACCCUGCAUUUUCCCCGCCUCCACGCUCUGUCCUCGGUACUCCAGACUUUGUCACUCUGAGGAACCUUCGGCCCCAGGAGAGCCGGACGGUGUUCAGCGGCUCCGUCAGCAUCCCGUCGAUCACCAAAUCCCGCACGGAGCCGGGACGGUCCAUGAGCGCCAGCAGCGGCUUAGCAGCACGAUCAUCGGCACAGAACGGCAGCGCUUUGCGCAGGGAAUUCUCGGGAGGGAGCUACGGAGCAAAGCGCCAGCCCAUGGCGUCGCCCUCAGACGGGUCCCUGUCCUCGGGGGGCCUGGAGCAAGGCAGCGAUGCACCCACAAGGGACUACGAGCGAGAGGACUCUGACUCUCCAAGACAUUCGACGGCAUCCAACAGCUCCAACCUCAGCAGCCCUCCCAGCCCAGUUUCUCCUCACAAGACCAAGAGCCUCUCCCUGGAGAGCUCUGACCACGUGAGUUGGGACUCAUGAACUGCUUCAGCAUUCAGAUUUGGCAUCACAUCAGCUUGCUGUCCCUAUGGCUGUCCCCUUCACUUGCUCCAGUUCUCACCUUCAUCCUCCUAACCCUCCCCAUUCCCUGUCGGAAGAGGAUCUGGGAGUGGGGUACAGAGGAAGGUAAAAGCUGGUCGCCUUCAGCACCGUUCAGCAUUGCCUCACCUCCCCAGAUCUGACAGCAGCAAAUGAGCAAAGCUAGGGUGUUGGUAAAUAUCAGAUGCUGUAGAUUUGUAUUAGUAUUGGUUUCAUUUUUGUGGUUACAGCUGCUUCAUUUUUAAAGACAUAUUUAUCCCACUCCCCUUCCACUUCCCAAAAGGUAGCGUAAGUAGACCAGACCAGUGUCAACAAGAGAAAAUUCAGAGGGAUUUUGUUUUCAUACAAUAGCUCAUUGUACUGUACAAGAGUAGCACAGAGACCCCUUCCCCUCCAAGGGGAAUGAUCAGUAUGUCAGAGGCACAUAAAAGCUUUCAGCCACCACGUUUGAAUGUCAAUCUGAUUGUCGCCAGCAAAUCCUUAUUGAUUAAAAUGAUGCAUAUUUUACUACAGUACAGAGUUUAAAUAAAUACGCAGAUGUUAGAGUAAAAUACGUAUGUAUAUAUUCAAAGAAAAAAAGCAUUGUGUAUGCAGCAGAAGAUGGAUGCUUAUUUAAGAGAGCCUUUAAUUUAAGAUUUGUGUUGUCCCUGUUUUCAUGCUCGGUGAUUUGCAGACUCGGAGGCCUGGCUAAAACCUCCCGCAGGACAGAGAUCCCGUGUGCGCGGCGCUGCCGGGACAGCCCCCGCAGUGCUCUCACAACACUUCUCUCCUUCUGGCCGUAGCAGAACUGAAGCUGUAAUUCCCAUUUUCCUCACAGUCCCCAUCCUUUUCAGAAACUACAGCAGUUGGCAGCAAGGCCGUGUCCCAGCAGCCGCAGGCUGCCCUGGUUCUGUGAGCUGGAGCCUUGCAGCAGCUGCAGGAGAGGUCCUUCAGGCAGCAGGGGAGUUCAGUGCAGCUGGAUUCAGCAGGAAAACUGUUUCCCUGGGUCAUCCUUUGAGCAGGUUUGACUCAGAAGGGAGCAGUCUUCCACACCUCCUUGACCAUCCCUAAGCAGCAAACUCUUACUGUCAUUACCAAAUACUGGUUGCUAAUACACAUCAGCCAAACGAGUGCCCUUAGCCCAAAGCUGGCCCUGGCUGGCUUUGCUGUCACUGUAGCAACAAAGAACCUUGAAGACUGACCUCACACUGUUCACACUGUGGUAGUCAGAGAUGCCUGGUGACCCACAACUGCUGCACUGGCAAGGCUGGUUUUCCUCUGCCCCCUACCUGUGCUGUGGGUUUGUGCAGUUUGCAGUUGUUUCUAUGUGCUCACCUGCUCUUCGGUUCCAAAAGCAGGGCAGGUUGGAGGGCAGCAAGUAUUGCAGUGGAAGGCAGAGCCCGCUGAAGCUGGAAAAAUAAAUAAAAAGCUGAAGUGGUCACCUAGUCGACAGAAUAAAUGAAAAACUGAUAGGCAGAUGUAUGGUAAGAGGAAGGUGUCUCUUCUCUUUAGUUAGCAAGGCAGAUUGUGAUUUUCAGUCAGGAUGAGCCUCUCUUCCCAGUAGUGUUGUUGCUGACUUCAUACUAUGACCAUACUCAAACACAUAAGGGCUUUUUGUAUUUAGAAUAUUGGGGUUUGUGGGUUUCAGAAACUUGUUAUGGCUCUCAUUAAACCAUUCUGUAUUCUUGCAGUCAGCAGUUAUGUAGAGUUUCACCCACACAGAGGUGUUUGGAGUUUUGCAGUUUCUGUCUUCCCUAAUAGAAGUUGUAGGUAAGUUCAAACCAUGUACAGUAAUUUCCAGGUAUGAUCUAAAUGUGACAUAGGGAACAAGACACAGAUCAUCUAAUCCAUUUAAUCGUGCUGGGUCUCCUAGGUAAGAUUUCUCUUUCACUCUGAAUCAGGAGGCUUAUCCAAGUUUAAGUUCAUUCAGUGUUAUUUUGGGACAGGAAUUCAAGAAAUUAUUGUAGAAACCAUCAUAUCAAAAGCCUGUCUCUCUCCUAUUUGGGUGUUUCAGAGUAGCAAGCUGGUUGUAUUGUUUGUUUUCACUUCAAACCUACUACUUUUGCAAGCCUGGCAUUUGAAGUUAAAAGCUUUAGCAAACAGCAAAGCAUCUGAAAGUAAUUUCUCCCAGAAAAGUUUAUGUAUUUCUGAGGGACACAUAGGCAGGGCGUUAUUGGCAUUAUUGAAAUUCCACAUCACUUCUUUUUAAAGGCUGCAUAUUGCUUCAAGUAUAGCCACUGCUUUUUCCCCACAAUUCCCUGGUUUUGGUGAAGCAUGUCCACACACUUUUCAAAGCCUUUGCAGACUAGUUUUGUAUUUACUGUAUGUUGUAUUUAAAUAAUAAUCUUAUUUUGAUGUUGAGAGAAGGCAUUUAAACAGUAGUCAUUAAAGACAGAGCAGCCUGCAUGGCAGUCCCCUGAGAGAGGGUCACAGGGUCGUUUUCCAUGGACUUUAUUUUUCCACAGCUGUGCUAAAGCUCUCUCUGAAAAUGGAACCUGAAGAGCCACCACACAGCAAACAACUAAAUUGAGUAAACCCCUGUGUUUGCUCCGUUCCAGUGCCUGCAAUCCAUUGAUACCAACCCCUGGCAUUUUCAGGCAGAGCACAGGUCAGCUGUGUUCCAGCACUGAGCUCCAAGGAUGAGAGCUCCACAGGCCCUUGCUGUUUGUGCACUACAAUGCCCAAGCCUCAGCAGCCUUCUCUAGGAUUUAUUUAAUCAUUAGCUCGGUCAUGUGCAUUUUUAUACGUGUCUGUUCAGAAGAGAAACAGCAACUGUUCUCUCAGUUGAAAAGCAAAUGACCACAUCACUUAUUUGAAAAGAGAAAAAUUGUCCUAGGGCUUAAAUAGUUUUAUAUAUUUGGGGGCCAUUUGGUUACAGACUCAAUUUGAAACCACACUCAUCUCUUUUUGUUGGCAUGCAUACUGCAGCUGAGCUUUCUGAAGACUCAUUGGGCUAGGAAAAGUAACUUGGUCAUUUGAACUGUAAGGCUCUUGACUGGUAUCUCCAAGGCAGUUGUCUCCUGAGGUUUGAUGUUUGCUCCUUUGCACUGUAGCACUGCUUCAACUUCACAGGUCGAGGGCUGCAUUUUGUUCUGGGAGCUUAAAAUGUCCCCCUGAAUUCCUGACUGUGGCACAUGUUCUCUGUACACAGGAUAUGCACCUAGCUGGUUUUUUUUUCCUUUUGGCUGAGACUGAAGGUGUUUGUUUGCAUUUUUGACAGUGCUUGAACGGAUGGUUGUUGGGGUUUUGCCUUUUUUUCCUCUCUUUUGAUGGUAACAAGGAUCUGAACAGAUUCAGGCAGCUACUAAGGAUUCCAGGUUAUAGGAUGGAAUAGGUUUGGUAAAUAGUUUUCCCCUGCACUUGUGCACACACAGGUAUGUGGCUUCCUCCCACGUUUCAUAAACUCAAAAGCAGGGCUGCAGUACUCUCUUCUCUCUUGCCUUUGGCCUGUAGAAGACAGCUGGUGGUUUCAAAAAAACAUUCCUGAGACUGUGGUGAAGUAGUUGCUUCUUUUCCCCUCCAUUAAUUGCUGUGGCUUGUUAUGAAUGUGCAUUUUGCCCAUUUAAAUGAGUUUCAAAACUGAGUCAGGAAUGUUCUCUCUUUGAUUUGAUUCUGAAUAAGUUACAACCCAGGUGUGUUAUCCUCAGGUACAUGGCAGAGGGAAGUUAAGGGUCUUGCCGUACCAAAAAAGUCCAAAAAGCAUAGUUUAUUUAUAGAAAUGUAGUUUAACUGCACCUAACUGGUUCACAGUGUGUCAGCCCUUCCAAACAGAGCAGUUGGAUUAUGAACACAGAAGCAGAUUCUGGCCCUGUGUUGUACUGCAUGGCCAGACCCUGAAUGACAGGACAAACAUGCUCUUGGGUGCAAAAAAGUCUUCUUUUCCGUUUUAUGACUGCUGUUUAACUUUAAAUGAAUGCAGUAAGAGUAAAACUUACUGCAGUGCAAGUACCCACAGCUCCUGAGCCUUAGUCUGAGAAUCAAAGUGACACAUAGCAAUUCCUGCUGUGGGUUCUUUUGUUAAUAGGAGUUCGUUCCAUGGAGGAAAUGGGACAACUUUUCUGCACGAACACAAAGUGUUAGAACCUUUCUGUGCACUUUGUGGUCAGUUGAUUUGAUAAACACCCCCAGAGGCCGCUCUGCUGCAGGCUUUCCAGUCUGAAUUCCAACUCCUCUCAUUCCAGCCGCAGCUCAGUACAACCUGUUUUCAUUCUCCAUUUAAGACAGUCAUCUACAGGGAAGAAAUCCACAAACAAACCAGUGUUGCUAUACCUGCCUUUUUAUGUAUGACAGUUUCAUAUCAUUUAUUUUUAAAAUAUGUUUUUUAGGUUUUUCAUUGUAAUAUUAUUGUACAGUUUUGCAUGGCAUAGAUGUAAUCACUUUUUUGUUUUAGAGUAUAAAAGCUGACAAGUGUGCGUGUGGGGGAAAAAAUUCUGCUUUUUGCCUCUUCUCACUCUUUUGUUUAAUGCCCUCAAUGUUGUAGGGGACAUUGUAAGAGAUUCUCUGCUACAGAACAAUGAUGUAGAUUCUUUUGCACAGAAAUAUUUAAGGUGGAACGGUCAACAAUGUAAAAAUGACUUACCACCAAUAUUUUAUGUUGGUAACACACUUAAUAUUAACCUACUUUGAUGUACUGCAAUAAAACAGGGAACUGUUAGAAA